AUGACGCUGCCCGGCCACUUCACCCAGGACAAAGCCUUGCGGCAGGAAGGACUUCAGGGCCAGCUGGCCUGGCCCCCUGGGGCUCCCGGAGCUGCAGCCGUAUCCAAGCCACUGGGAGUGGCCACCGAAGAUGAGCUGGUUGGAGAGUUCCUGCAAGAGCAGAAUGCCCCUUUACUGUCCCGUGCACCCCAGACCUUUAAGAUGGAUGACCUGUUGGCUGAGAUGCAAGAGAUUGAACAGUCAAGCUUCCGACAUGCCCCUCAGCGAGCUCCAGGUGUGGCAGCCCUGGCACUGUCUGAAAACUGGACCCAGGAAUUCUUGGCUGCAGCAGAUAGUGCUGGUGAUGUCUCUACAGAUUACAAUGAGGCUGACUGGUCACAGGAGUUCAUUGCUGAAGUGACAGAUCCACUGUCUGUGUCUCCUGCCAAGUGGGCAGAAGAAUACCUAGAGCAGUCAGAGGAGAAACUGUGGCUUGGGGAAUCGGAAGACCGGUCUUUGGCAGAUAAAUGGUAUGAGGAAUAACAACCUGAGGAUGAUCUUAAGAAAACUGUUAGUGAUUUCCUCUCUAAAGUGGAUGAUCCAAAACUCAAGAAUUCUGAGUUCCUAGAGUUUGUCCGCCAGAUCGGAGAUGGGAGGGUAUCGAUCGAAGCUAAUCAGGUGACCCACAGAGAUCAAGAUCAGGCAGAGCAAUGGGCAGCUGAGUUUAUACAGCAGCAGGGGGCAUCCGAUGCCUGGGUGGAUCAAUUUGCGCGAUCUGGGAACAUGUCAACUCUUGAUACGGAAUUUGAGCAGGCAAAGACUGCUGUGGAGUCAGAUGUGGACUUCUGGGACAAACUGCAGGCAGAAUGGGAGGAGAUGGCCAAGAGAGAUGCAGAGGCUCACCCUUGGCUCUCUGAUUACGAAGACCUCAGCUCCUCAUCAUAUGACAAGGGGUACCAGUUUGAGGAAGAUAAUCCCAUGAGAGAUCACCCAGAUGCAUUUGAAGAGGGGCGGAAGCGCUUGGAGGAAGGUGACCUCCCCAAUGCUGUCUUGCUCUUUGAGGCUGCAGUGCAACAGAAGCCAGAUCAUAUGGAGGCCUGGCAAUAUCUGGGAACCACCCAAGCAGAGAAUGAACAGGAGCUUUUGGCAAUCAGUGCUCUCAGACAGUGCUUGGAACUGCAGCCUGGGAACCUCACAGCACUUAUGGCUUUAGCAGUCAGCUUCACCAACGAGUCCUUGCAGAAGCAGGCAUGUGAGACCCUGCGGGACUGGCUACGCCAUAAACCGGACUAUGCCCACCUGCUGGAGAAAGAAACAGAGGAGAGCGUCUUGGGGACAAAUCUGGGGCCUUCCAAGCGUGUCCUAGGUUCCCUGCUGUCUGACUCGCUGUUCGUGGAGGUGAAAGAGCUGUUCUUAGCAGCCGUGCGCAGCAACCCCUCAACUGUGGAUCCUGAUGUUCAGUGUGGCCUGGGUGUCCUUUUCAACCUUAGUGGCGAGUACGAGAAGGCUGUGGAUUGCUUCAGUUCUGCACUCGGUGUGCGCCCCAAUGACCAUCUUCUAUGGAACAAGCUCGGUGCCACCCUGGCCAAUGGGAAUCGGAGUGAGGAAGCUGUGGCUGCAUAUCGUCGGGCGCUGGAGCUCCAGCCAGGAUACAUCCGCUCUCGCUACAACUUGGGCAUCAGUUGCAUCAACUUAGGUGCCCACCGUGAGGCUGUGGAGCACUUCUUAGAGGCUUUGCACAUGCAGCAGAAGAGCCGAGGUCCGCGGGGGCAGCAAGGCGCUAUGUCUGACAACAUCUGGAGCACCCUCCGCAUGGCCCUCUCCAUGCUGGGGCAGAGUGACCUGUAUGGGGCAGCUGAUGCCCAUGAUCUUCCCACACUGCUUCAGGCAUUUGGCCUCCAGCAGUGACUCUGGGAUGGGCUCCCCUGCGAGUGCAGGGUUGGCCCAGCCCAGCAGUGACCUUCCUUAGAGAGAAAAUGUUCACUAGGUUCACGCAUCUUUGCUCUGGUAGGGCAGAUCAUUGGCAACUGUUUUUUCAAGGACCUCCCGCUGAAGCAUGCAACUUCCCCUACCUGUCUGUUGUGGCCUGAGCAUCUCUGAGUGGUUCAUGUUAUCACCUCCAUGACUGACUGACACUCUGCUGGUAGGCAGAUGAUCAAAGUGGGGAAGACAGCAACAUCCAGCCCUCUUGCAGAGAGCAUUUGCAGUAACACCCAGCUUGGCUACGAGACCUUAUGAUAGCCACUCUGCAGAGACUACCCGCUGGAGGCGUCUCAAGUGCAGGUUGCUUUGGUGGGGUGGGACUGCCAUUUGGUGAAAGGAUGAAAAAAAUCUGGGUUUUGAGCAUGCUUCCCCCAUGUAUGUGCUUGCAUGUGUGUAUAUGUGGGUUGCUAGGGAAAACUGGGGGCAGCAGUCCCCUUUUCUGGGUACUGAUAACUUCAUGGUACAGCCAGAUGCUAGUUUCUGUGUCUCUUCAUGAACUUUUCAGGAGCAGAGUAUUGUACUUACGCUAGGGACACAGGUGGAGGCCCUUAGCCUGUCGGGGUGAGAGUAGAUCCCAGAGUUCAGACUUGAGGGAACGUGAUAGGAAUAAAAGUCUAAAAUGUAACCUCCCCUCCCAGAAUAUGGUGGGGAAAGGGUCAAGUCUUAAUUUUCACUUGAUCAUCUGUCAUUGUUUUCCUUUGUGCAGAAGUUCCCCAUCUUGUGUGUAAUUGAAUCUUGUUAAUUAUAAAUAUCUGUAUAUGAUUCUAAUGGGGAAAAUGUUUUUUAAUUGUAAAGUAUUUUGUAUAAUAAAGGGGGGAGAAUUAAAAUUGCCAAAAUGACAUCUUUCUCUGUGCCUCUGUUGAAGCUGCUUGCAGUAGGUAGUAUAGAUCUCUGGGGGUAUAAGCCCACUGGUUUUCAAAAGAUAGAUCAGAGUCUCUCAGUUUCUGUCUCCCCUUUUGACCCAGGUUUUGUUUUAUUGAUCACUCAUAUGCAAAUGAAGCUUCAAGGACCUCAUUUUGCUGUAGCCUCAGGCUUCAGUUCUGUGAGCCAGCAGAAGAGCUUCCCUGUGCCAAAAGCUCCCUCUUUUUCCUUGCUUAGGUUUAGGGGUCAGUGAAGUAGUCUUUCUCAUUUUCUUGCCAUCUGCAGUGAGGGAAGUUGUGUUACAUUUUAUCACCUCUUUGAGGAACCUGACUGCUGCAGUAGGCAAGACGGGGGGCUUAGGCAGGGAGCACUUACCCUUCCUCUUUCGCCAGGCACAUGCUUCUUCAUACCUCUACCUCACAGGCUUGUUUUUCUCUUGCUACUGUAACAAUCAGGAGCAGAAAGUGUGUGCAGAGAAUAGUUCUUGCCCUAUGUUUUCUGAGAUCUAGCUUGUGUCUCCCAUCCAGCCCUGUGGCACUGAAACCUACAUACACUGUUCUGAAAUUGCUGUAAUGUAUGCAAAACAACUUGCUGCUUGUGCUGUCUAAAAAGAAGGGAAACACUGCUUCUGCGUCCUGCUCACACACACUGCUCCUGGUCGGAGAUGUGCCUUUUGGCUUUUACUGAUCUCACUCCUUCUGUCAGAUUCUUCUCUGCUCAGCAAAAGAAAACAUUAGUGCCUAUGCUGUUCCUCAGCUGCUGUCCAGGUGUUCUCCCUUCCCCAGUUCUCUGCUGUCCCUCUCAUGCCGAUUUCCUUUGGCUCUUUGCUGCACCACAUUCCUCUCUGUUCACACUCCCAUUGUCACUGCUUGGCCUUCCCUUUUUGUCAUCCUCAGAUGCCAUUAAUGCUUCUCCUCUCCUUGGCUUCCUGGUUGUCUCAAUUUUCCUUGCCAUUUGGCCUAUCUCUUGACUUCGUGCUUGGUGUCCUUCCCUAU